AAAUAUUUCAAUAUGGAGGCCUACAGAUGUUUGUGGUCCAUAUUGUGACACAAAUACAUACGCUGUGAACUGCUUGAUCACGAUAUAUUGGACGUGGAAGCAUACUUCUAAUCAAAAGUCACUCAUUUGGGAUGCCUCACCGUCACCAUGAGCAGGGCGAUUCUGGGCGGCCUCGUCUGCCGGCCCAGACCACAUCCAACUUGCUAUACAGUAAGGCAAACACUGACAUGGUCAGUUAUGAGGAUCUACUCAUUGCCCAGUAUCUGGAAGAGCUCCGAAAGGCAAAAGGAGAAAUGAAGAAAAGCAGAGAUAUCCCAACAUCGCCAUACGUCCAGAAGUUGCCUCAUUCUGACUAUGGAUACCUGACAAAAAGACGCCCUGCAUCAGCGACAUCCAGCAGCCGACCACCAUCAGGACAUGCUUCUUACAAACCAAAGAUUGACGCUAAGUUCAUUGCCGAUCCUAACCUUUGGGACCCUGCUACCCCACGCUCAUCUGUGCACAGGAAGGGACGCCCAGAAAGUGCCCCGGUGAGGCAAAGAAGUGGUAGGGUUCGACCGUUGUCUGGGACCUCUAAUAUUUCCUGGCUGUAUGGCCGGCGUGGCUACUCCGCCAUGAGACCUAUCUCUGCCCUGACUGGACGGCGUAUAAAGUCUCAGUACAAGAAGCAGCCAACCACUAUCAGAGUUACAGCAUUUAAGAAUGGGAGCAGGGAAAACUUCGUCAGAGUGGCAGCACCCACUGUUAAAAUUUUCCUGGAGAUGUGUACAGAUAAGCUAGGGCUUCCCUUUGCGGCUCGUCGUAUUUUUCUAGAAGAUGGGAUUGAGGUGACAGAUCAUCGGGACAUUCCAAUGGAUGGUGAAGUUUUUGUGUCGACUGGUGAAAAUUACAAGGACCCAUACAAAAACAUAAAAAGAAACAUGAUAAUCAGUCAAGGAGCCAAGUGGACAUUGUCCGGAGUCCUUAUUCCAGAGGAAGGUCACAUCAGGACCAAGACAUCCAAGAUGUCCAAACGCAUGAAGGCCCUGACAGAGAAGCGGCGUAUCAGAAUAAUUGUGUACAGGAAUGGCAUGUCUACAGAACCUGUGGAGGUGGUUGCUGACCUCAACAAACUGGACGAUUUUAUGGUGGCGUGUACCGGAAAGCUGGACCUCAGAAGCCAUGCUAAGAUAGUGUAUGACUGGGAAGGCAAUGAGGUGACACACCUGACACAAACUCCUGUGCUCGAUGACUGUCUCCAGCCCGGAGGUACAGCCAUAUUGGGGCCUGUCUGGGUCUCUAUUGGAGAGUCCUUCAGCGCCACAGCAACACUCCAUUACAUCCGCAGCAUUAAACAGGUGCUCACAGACCGACUCAAAGAUGCUCAACGAUAUAAGACUGAGAUCAACUACGCCAUGCAGGGACAGAAGGAAACCAUCUCCAUCACAGCCAUCUUAUCCAUGAGCGAGGAAGAGCUCUACACCACCCAUCAGCUGGCUGAGAAAGAAAUAUCCCAGCUGAAAGCCACCCUAUCAAGCCUCAAAUCCAAGAUAGCAACCAUUGAGGAGGUCAAGAUCAAAGAGGAGAAUGAGGGAGCUAACUACCGCAUGAGUCAUAUCCAGGAAUUCUCAUUCGACCACAAAUUGGUUGGCAGGAAAGGACUUAGACUUAAGGUUUAUGAAAAUGGAUUCUAUGGAGAGGGGCAGCAGUUCUUUUUCAACAUUGCUGAUGCUUUGAAAGGAACAGGAUCAGAUAAGGACGGGCGAAAACGUCAAUUACAACGUCUCCUUGAUGACCUGUCAACCAAUCGUGUCUUCAGUAACCCCGUUAAUCCCAAACUGACCCCUGUGGCUCGUCGCAUGUUUGACAGAUAUGGAAAUGAAAUAAAGGACAUCCUGAAGCUUGAAUAUGACCAGGAAAUCUGGGUGUCGUUUGGGGAACCCUUUAUAACACCAUUCUUUUAUUGUCUCCAAGCCACCUUUGACAGAGCCAAAGGCUAUGACCUUGGAGACGUCAAUGGAAUCUCCAGGGAGGCUAAUCUUGAAUCUCUGGAUCAAUUUAAAAGCCAUCAUGACUUCGAGACACAUAUUGGUUUCCCUAGUGAUGGCUACGAGAAGGUGAAAGACCCAAAUGUGGCACUGCACAUUAAAGAUGACCUAAUGCCAUUGUCAGAACUAGGUCAAGGCGGUCACUACAUGCAGGCCAAGAAGGACAAGAGUAUUGUGUUAUAUCCUGAGGCUGCCAUCACCCAAAAGGUCAAGAAGGAUAAGACCUUGUGGCCAAUGGAGGCUCAAGUCUGGGUCAUCUCUAAGCGUGGCUACAUCUACAGCAAGGGUAUGCCCACUCUGUGCCUGGCUGUGUCCGACACCCGAGUCGAGUUUAACAUCUCCGAAAAGGAGGGUACAUCGUCCGGCUUUGUCAUCAACAUGCAGAAAGCUACUAGUGGUAACAUCUAUCAACAAUGGAAGUUUAACCCUGAUGCUACCAUCUCCAACCUGGCUCACCCUGACCUGGUCAUCACCUACACCGGCCACAAGAUGGGAGAUGAGGAAGCAUAUGUACCUAUUGAGGGUGUGUCCCCAGGGGUGAGAGUGUAUCUGGUGCUCAUGGACAAACUCACUUCACGCAAAGAAGCUGGCUUUCAGAGAUUUGCGCUGAAGCAAGAGCGUUUUGACAACCUAGGCCAGUGGAAGUUCAAUGAGGCAACCAACCAGGAAUGGAACAAGCAGGCCUACUCCUGGCCAGCCCGUGAGGAUGGCUCUCUCAACGAGGACUACGAUUGGCCGAUGGAAGGAUAUAUCAUACCUAAUGCACCUCCGCUUCACAAGAGUUCAGGAAAAAACAACUUAUCAGGAAUGACCCCUCUGCGUUUGAUGUGCCUGAAGAAUGGAGAACAGGAUGUACGCAAGGCCAUUCCAGUGGUGGGGCCAAAUCUCACCAAUAUGGUGAAGGAUCUACGAUCUGAAAAGGGAGAUAAAUCUCAACAGAAAGGAAGCCAGGAGGCUCAGCCCGAGGACGAAGAGGUGUCCCAUGGGAAGGAGGAAUUGGAACUUGCCAUGUUCCUUGACCAUUGUACAAGUCUGCUGGACAUGCCGUUUGCUGCCCGCCGACUGUUUGACCAGCAUGGUAAUGAGCACUUCAGUCUGACCCGCCUGAAGCGUGAUGACGUUGUGUACGUGUCAUGUGGAGAGGCAUGGUCUGACCCUAAAAUGACCAAGGCUGAGCAACAACGCCGAUUCCUUCUGUCUCAAUUGUCCCAGGACGUGGCCAAGAUUCGCCAAUACUGUGCUCUCCGCAACCCAGAGAACUAUGUGAUGGAGGUGGAGGGCAACCUGGUCCCCGGUAACCGCAUCAACGUCAACCAACUGUGGCAGUCGGGGAUGGAUGACCAGGAUGAUGAUGAUAAGUUUGACACCAGAAGUCGCUCAUCCAAGGCAUCUAAAGCUCCCAGUAAAGCCUCCAAGGCGCACUCAUCCAAGGCUGGGUCAGAGGUCGGCAGUCAUGUGACAGAUGAUGAGCUCCGGUCAUCUGGAGAUUUCGGUGGGCAGACUGCACACGAGAUUGCCCACGAAAGGUCCGAACAACGCCUUAACCAGCUCAAGUGGCCAUGGGAACGACUGGUCAAUGUAGAGAAUGGUAACCUUGACAACGAUCCUGAGGCCAAUAAAUACACUGACCGAGAGAUGUAUGAGCGCUACAAGCCAGCUCCAAACCCUAAAAUCUCAAGAGAUACCCUACAGCGAUUUGUGUUUGAGGAUGGUUACCUUGCGUGUCAGGCAAAUAGGAACCUUGUAUUAGGGGUUCAAGAACAGGAGGGGCGCAUCAGUCAAGUGACGAUUGUCAAACGUCGCCCUGACGACAUCUAUCAGCGCUUUGUUAUAAAAGAAAAUGGAGAGAUUCGGGCGAAGCAUGGACAGAGGACCGUGUUGACCGUUUCACUUCCAGCCAAUGAACCUUUCUCAGAAGACGAGGAAGGGCGUACACUGACUUACUCUGGAUGUGCAGUCACGAUUCAGCAACGCAAAACCAAUAUGUACGGAAAGUCUCACCAGCGGUGGCAUUACGAUGCCGAGACUGGACACAUACACGCCUUCAAAACCAAUCGCUAUGACAAAGAGAUAACGGCCGCUAACAAAGCCGAUGUGUGUUCCUACUCCAUUGCACAGGAGACCGAGAUUGAUCAGCCAGGCUAUGUGGCUGAAGUUCCCAUGGCAACUCCUACAGACCGUCAGCACAUCAAAGAGAUUCGAGUGUGUACGUCAUGUGCUCGUGCCAUGAGAGGACGCUACAAACUACAGAAGAUUCGUGAGAACACAGAGUUCUCGUGUGCGAUGGGACAAGCUAAGAGGCUUAAACUACAGCAAAUUGGGAGUUUCCGUGUGUUGAAUGGAAAAGUUGACCUGUCUGAACAUGAGGCAGAACUUACGUUGGAAAAUUGGGAAGACACGUUAACUAAACUCCGAGAGGAGACGAGUGUUCGCACCAUCGCCAAGGAGAUAUCAGUUGCCAAGACACCGAUCUCAAUGAAAAUAAUGGCAUACAAAAAUGGAGAGGGUCGAUUACAUCAGGGCAAGCUCAUUUGUGGUUCCAGUAUAGAGGGGAUCCUGGGACAGUGCACAUACAAACUUGGCAUGGCCAACGCAGCACAGAAGAUCUUUACAGAGGAUGGGACUCUGGUACUGGAGAUCGAUGAUCUCAAGGACUGGGCUGUCAACAACUACACCUCACUCAUGGCCGACCAGCUGCAGAGGAUUAUGGCAGAAACUGAUGGAAAAGAAGGACAAGAUGAAGGGAAUGAAGAAGAAGAAACACAGCAACCUCCACAGAGAACCAUUAAAGAUAAACAACCAGAUACUCUUCAGGAGGAGGAGGAAGAGGAGGAGGAGGAGGAAAUUAAAACCAUCACCCUCCGAACCAAGAUACAGAGUGGGAUCAACUACACUUACACCAAGCUCAGCGAUCACAACUUCCAACUGAGACAAGACAGACAUCUGGUGUUCCAGGUGCGUGCUUGUAAUGAUGCACACAUUGCGUUAAUGCAGGAAGAUUCGGAUGAAAAAGACAAGAAAAUGUAUGAAGUUGUCAUUGGCACCAACAAUAACGCUAAAUCUUCCAUCCGUAACAAAAAGGAAGGAGUUAAUAGGGUAGAAUAUGACGGACGACUUCUGGAUGGUGGGUCAUUUAGGAAGUUUCUGAUCACUUGGGAAGAUGGUGUGAUAAGUUUGUACAAUGAGAAGGACGAGGAGUGGCAGACGGUCAUGUCCUGGAAAGAUCCAUCACCAUUUCCCAUCAAUUAUAUUGGGGUUUCUACAUCCAUACUGGCGUCUGGUGUCUGGAUCAUUGACUGUCCUGAAAACAAAAAGGGAGGACAGGAGCGAGGAGAAGGAGAGGGCCAGGAUAGUCCCAGUAAUGGCGCCCUCUACACGGAAACAGCAGAAGGUGACCAGCAGGAAUCGGACAAAGUGAAUCGUGAACGGCAGAAACUGCUCAACCAGGUCACUGUGCCAUCGGAGGAUGUGAUUCUGCGCUACCCAAUCGAGGUAUGGGUCUCCAGUGGCAAAGAGUUCAUCCCUCCUGAGAAGGUUGAAUCCAAGAUGGAGAGCCAGGUGAAGAAAAGAGCAUUCAGGUCAACAGUGUCCUUGGAGCUUGAUAUUGAAAAACACAUCCUCCGGAACAUGCGUGCACGGAGGAUAGAUGACAUGAGUCCAGGAAAGUACCGAUCAACUCGCAGUACUCAACAUCCUGUGGUCAUUGAGGGUCACUGGCAGGAUGUCACCGUGGAAGAACAGAUGAAGCAUGACACAGUCCAUAAACUAGAGACACAUUUAGCUGAAGUGAAAAACAACCAAAAAGAGAAAGCAAAGUCGUUGGUGAACAUCGGUGGUCGUCUUUACAGACAGCCUAACACUAAACGAGUGUUGGUGUUUCCUAAUGGGGAAAGUGUAGAGCGGGCAACCUAUGUCUGGGGUGAUACAUUAGAACAGAUAUUGGACAGUGCCAAAUUGAGGCUUGGAAUGUGGCAGCCUGCCAAGUAUCUGUACAAUAUGGAAGGCAGACUCAUGCUGAAGUUUGAUGAUAUAAACCGAGACGAAUUGUUAUGUGUGUCGGGUGGGAAAUCAUUUGUCCGUUCACAGUCCUUCACUGUUGGAAUUGAAAUCAAGGCCAACUGGGCACGUGCACGCAAAGAGUACGGUCCUGAGGGGACUGAUUUUGUUGUUGAGGCACAACCAAACCCUACAGUCUAUGUUGACCCGUUUGGUCCACCGGAGCUGGCCAUGCCUCUAAAGGCAGACAAUAAAAAUGCAGCACCAGUCCAGCCCAAGUAGUUGCCUUGCACACUCAUCACAAAGAAGUACUUUUGUCCUUGAUGUGUUAGAAAUUUGGUGCUUGAAACCUGCUAAAUGAUUUUGUACUAUGUAGACAUUGUAUAGGGGAUAUAGAUGUGUAGAUCCAUCCACUCUGACCCUGGGGCAUUGAGUGAGGUUAAUGAAAGCUUGAUAGACGUAGACUGAACAAAUACAGGAUAAGUAUUAAAGUGUUCUGUACAGUUCUAUAAGAGACAGAAAAUAUUGUUAAUCAGGAAAUGCUUGUGAGUGUAAUAUAUAUAUAUGAACGGUUGCCAACCAUAUGCCAUAUAUGUCCAAAUAAGCUUGCCAAUAAAUGUCACAUCACUUUCUCUUUAGAAGUGAUUUUGCAAAUUUUAUGUCUAACCCUUUAUUUGGACAUAUAUGGUACGUCGGAUUGUCUGGGGCUAAAAUGCUUUAUCCACAGCAAUAUUUCGUUUUGUAAAUUUAACCAUAUUUAGUCUCAUCAGAUAAAAGAUAGGAAUUAGGUUUUUUGGUAAUUUUAUUGUAUAAAUAGUCAGUAGUGUGAGGAGCAUAAUCUUAUAAAAGAGUAAAUAUACUAUAUAUGUACAUACAUGUACCACUGACUUAAAUGGGAAAACAUGCAAUGGUAAAGACAGGUACCGUAUUUGGUCUAAAAGUUACCCUGGGUCGCCUAAUAGUUAUCCUUGGCACUUAUUGAUAGAGAAAAAAAAUGAAUGGUUGCAGAACCUUCAAAAAUUCUCAAAUAAAUAGCCAUAAUGAACAUUUAUUUUUGAUUGUCAGUAAUUUCUGAUGAAAGGAUAGGAUGCUCAAACUGGGGCACUUGCAAGGUCAAAUAUGGUUCUUCUGAAACUGCAUUUGGCAAUUCAUAAAGUUUUCUGUCAAAUGUAAUACAGGUUUAAAGAUUUGUACAACCUAGUCAUAGAACUUACCAGUAUAAAGGUUUCCUCUGAGAUAUCCUAGGUAGUUCAAGUAGAAUAUAUCUGUGGCACAAAUAAAAAACGUAGAUGAAAAUAGCUAUAGGCUAUGUUGCACAUCCAGAGGAGGAAAUACAUUUGUAUGUACAUAUUUAUUUUAAAUUUAUUUUAUAACUUAUGAAAUAAUCUUGUCAUUCUUGAUUUUAAUGUAGAAUAAACCUGUUUUAUAUUUUUUUUUCUGAGGUAUAUACUGGUAUCUAUAUAUUGAACAUAUUUUUACAAACUUUUUUUUUCAAGAAUUGAUAUUUUGUGAUUCCUUUUAUUUUCUUAGAUUAUUAAAUCACUAUUUUGUUUUAGAGCUUCAAUUACAAAUAUAGAUGAUAGAAUUUUUUUAAUUAAUAUUUUUUAAUUAGCCCUUUUGAAUUUUGAAACUAUUGUGAUAUGCUAUUACCUGUUAUGGUAAGGUAAGGGUCUGAUGUUACCUGGUAAAGGAAGGCUGUGUUGUUUAAAAGGGUAAAUUGUAUAUUUUUUGCAUACUGUAUAUGUAACCGUUGUUGUAUUUUUGCAAACUGUGAUAUUGCAAACUUGUUAAACCGUUGUUUUUUUUUUAUAUAAAUACAAGUAGUAUAUACAUAUGAUCUGUCUGUUAGCUUUACUUCCCUAACCAUUCGGGUGUAAGGUUGUACCCACUUUAUAGAAAUCCUAUUUUCUGUAAUGAAUUAAACCACUGGCCUGGCAAGUAAUACAUGUUUUAUAAUAUUUCCCUUUUAAACGAAUAUAUGUAUUGGAAGUAGUCAUUCUUUAAAGCUUGAAUAAAUUCAAAUUAAAUAAUAUUUUUUUCAUCAUUACACCUCAAAACCUGUAUGCUUGCCCAAAGUUUACCAGCUUUGUUAUAUAGAAAGUUUGUGAUAAUUUAUAAAGUUUUGGAUAUGAAUGUAGCACAUUUUGCUGAAGUCAUAAACAAGCUUAGCAUGCACUUAUAUGUCAUGAACAUUAUGUAUGAGCUGGGAAUGCCUGCCAUUAGUUAAACAACCAUUUCAUUGUCCAUUUAUUUCUCUACCUUUUUUUUUACCCAAUAUUUACAAUGAUGUGGAUGAGCCUCUUAAUAUGGAGUAAUUGUUCAGUUGUCUAGCAUAGUUUAUUUAAAAGCAAUGAAAACAAAGUGUACAGGUACAGUGGGGUUUCACCACAUACUUUAUAUGUAGGGAUUGAACCAAUUAAUGGCUCUGUGGUAAAUAUAUUUGUAACUGAUUUGUGUUCAUACCAGCCUGACUAAAAAUUCUAUUUUUUCCAUAUAUUUCCAUUAGGAAAAUGACCUGUCAAUCAUUUGAUUGAGAUGAUUUUCAAAGAAUUACUGUGUUUUAGGUGUGUAUUUUCAAUGAAAUUAUGUUGAUGCUAUAUAGUACUCCAACAAUCUUAUUCACUUGAGCGUUUGAUUCAGAGCCAGACAAAGUGUUAUUCAAGGUUGACGGUUAAACAUCAUAUUGAUAAGUACAAAAAUGGAGGCGUAACCAAAUCUUGUGACACUAAUCUCGUUUAUAGUGCUAUGAACCUAACAUCAGAUUUAUUGGUGUAUAUAGUGAACAUUCCACAUCUCAUUAUGGUGGAUAAUAUUCUUUUCUUUCAUGUUAGAUUUUGUAAGCGCAAAACGUUGGUGUUUCAUAAUACACACAUCACUUCAUUGCUGCCUCAUUACCAUGCGUAUGAUUUCGCUUACAUGUAGUAGCCAUGUAUAAAGUCAUAUCUUUCCUAAAAAAAUGUAUAUAAAACAUGCAUAUAGUGUACCCUGUUAAUGUGUAUAUAUAUAGUGUGUAGUACACUGUUGUACAUGUUCCAGUCAUGAAUAUUCUUGAAUUGAUGAAUAUUUAUAUGGCAUUAUAAUGAAUAUUCAAACAUGCUAUGAAUAUUCGUGACUUUUAUUAGUAUGUCUAUUUUUGUACUUUUAUCUCAAAAUGUUAGGAUGAAAUAUUAUGAAUACACAUACAAGCUGAACGCAUUCCAGUUAUGAAACAAAAUAUUCAGUGACAAUUUGUUAAGAUUUUUCAUGGAAUUAACAAUUUGUCAGGUUGAAAAUAUAUAUUUUUCGGAAUGUUAUUGAGUUAUUAUAAUAAAUAUUGAUGAUAGAAUGAGGUUAUAGCAGGCGACUAUGAGUUGUUUUUUUAUUACCAAUUGCUCUAUAGUCGAUCAACUAGAGGGAUUUUACACUACUUAUUCUAUAUAUCAAUAUUACCGUCCAACAACAAAAUUGAUGUUCAGGAAAACAAAUGUGGAGGUUGUUACGUGAUAAUGUCAGUCUACACUAACAGGUUGUCACUGGGUAGUGAUUUUUGUAUGUUGUUUGAUGUGCCUGUUUUGAUGUUUAACACAUUUUUUAAUUUGUCUUAACCUUCGACAAUUUUCAAUAACCUUGUGACAUUUGAUGUGUGUGUAUACGUGUGGGCAUGCUCAUCAAACAGACCUUCUCCCUCUGGUGAAGUAACACACACUGACUGCGGUUCACUCAUGUCAGUAUAUUAUGGUAAAAUAUCACGACGAUGAGUAAAUUUUGAAGAAAGUAAAGACAAAACUACAGAAGGAAAGUUAUUUAUUUCGUUCAAAAUUUGUUUCCAUCUGAGUGAGAAUCUGUGGUAUCUAGUGUUGAGAUAGUAAGAAAAAUGUGUGAUUAUUUUUUAUUGUUUUACCAUAUAAUGAGGGUAUAUUGGUGAAGUUUUCAUAUCGGCUUCAAUUUGUUCUAAAUCAUUUGAUUUCUCAAUUUUUGAGAUCGUGAAUGAAACAUCCAAUAGUUUUCACAAUUCUUGCAUCACUUCAUUGUAAUCGCUGUGUCAUCCAAGAAAACAAAUACAGAAAAUUGAUAUUUGAUUUAUUAUAUUAUUGUAGAUAUUGUACAAAAAAAAUUUUGCUUGUCCUCUUUUGAAUGUAAUUUGUAUUAGUUUUAUCUUCUGACAACUGGGCAAGCAUUUCAAUUGUAAAAUGUAGUCUGGAUCUUUAAAACGUUAGUUGGCUAAUUCGUUCAGAGUUUCACAAAGACUAAGAAACCAAAUUGAGCAGGACAGUGUGUUUUGAUUUGUUGGAUAAUUUGUCACAGUAUGAAACAAGGCUAUAUAGAUCAGUUCCGUCCAAACAUUUACUGACAUUCUACUUGUAUUUACAUUAUUUUACACAUUUAACUUUUGUUAAUUUUUAAUUUACAUUAAUCAAAUGAUUCAAAAUAUUCUUAAAAUCAUGAAAUAUUGUAUUUUGUACUCUUUUACAGUACAUUUAUUAAAUUACCUUUCAAGCAGUUCGUGUAUAUUCAGCGAAAUGAUUAAACCCUGACCUGGUGAUCAGUUUACAUAACAUCUGAUUAAUGAUUCAGACCUUUGUUUUGAAUACAGUUUGGCAGGUAUGUGCCUCAGUUGACUGUGUUGAUGAAUAUGUGUGAUCGUCGACGCCACAAAUUCCAGAGCAUCUCUGUAAACAUGAACAUGUCUGACUAACAUUAAUACAUGUAUCAGCUGUUGUUCAAAGCCGGGUCAGUGAACCGUUUUAGUUCCUUUUGUUACUACCUGGAGAUUUCUCUCAGAUUUUACCAUUCCAUUUGUUGAGUAAGCCUAUUUUGUCCAGUUCUUUACAGGACCCUGACGCUCGCUGACAGGCUUCAGAGUUCAUAUUCCUCGUCUACCAACCAUCAUUCUUAUACACUACGCAUGCACAAAAACUUUUCUUUUGGUAAUUGUUGAACAAUAAAAUAUUCUUAAAUAAGUUAAUGGAAAACCAUUACCAAGCUUCCACGACUUUAUUAUGGUGAAUGGUUUCCCCCAGACGGGUUUCUCUGGACCCCACUUUUUAAUAAAAAAAAAAAUCAAUUACAAUUAAAUGAAAAUAUGCAGCUCACAUUUUUGAUUUGUUGAAUAAUAAAACAUUAACUGUUUUGAUACCUUGAUAUUAUUAACACAUCAAUUUAUUAAUAUUUGAUACACAAAAUAUGUAAAAAUGUCACGAAAAGGACACAAAACUAUCAUGUGACUAACACAGAGAAUGUGAAUCGUGGUAUCAACACUAAUAAACAAGCUUCACUUUCAUCAAAAAAUUAUAAAUAAUGUCUCAUCAAAAUGAAGUUCAGUAUCAUGAAGGUGUAACGAGAUCACCAGACACUAUUUCCCUUGUUACAUAACACAUGUUCUUCAUUAUACCAUGUAAUUUAAAUUAGUUGUCUUCAGUCUCAAAGAAAACCUAAGUGAGUAACCCAGAGAUAAUAUAUUCAAUCAGAUCAUGCUUUCAAAGAAUUUACAACUAAUAGAACUAGCAGGUCUUUUUAGAGCAAGUUUUUUUUCUUUUCCCUGCUUUAAAAUAUAUUUUUUUUAUCAAACAUCAUGUCAACUUCCAGACCACCUUCAACUGUUGAUGGAAUGUUUGCAUAUUUAAUGAGGUUGGUGCCACUUCCUCAGUCCUGAUAUGUUGAUGCUUAACAGACAGGUAGAUCUUACCACAAAUGCAAGCACAUCAAAACAGAGAUCAUUAAUUCCCCAAAUUUGCUUUUAAACUUCAUAUUAAACUUUUUUAUAGCUUUAAUUAAUUGUUUUCUACUUGAUGACAUGCUCCUGCUUUGUAGGGAAACUAAACCAUAGGUUUGUUAACAAUGUUUCAAUGAAAUAAAGCUUUAUAGAAAGAAA